GGAGACUCACUGGCCAAUCGCGUUCCAUGAUAGCAAGAGAACCGGAAAAGAAGACUCCCGAUUGGCUCGGGAGCUGCGUCCGCCAGAGGAGCGCGCGCCGGCCCAGCAUUGUGUCCUCUUUCCUCCAUGAAAGCAUGCCCUGAGGAAGACAACUAUCCAAGGUCCUCUCUUUCCAUCCUUGGGCAGCAAUGGAAACAGAACUGCUCCUGGCCCCUAUCACUGCUCUAGAGAUUGUGGGAGAUCACCUUCUGGCAGGUGAAGGACCCAACUUAGCCAUUUAUUCUCUGGAGCCUGAUGGCAGCCACUCAGCAAGGUGCUCUAAACAAGUCCUUCGGAAUUGCAACAUCCACGGUAUCAAGGAACAGCAAAAUGUGGCACCAGAAGCCAGUGGAUCUGCCAUUGUGGCCAUCUUUGGAGGUAAAAACCUUGCUGUUGUACGGCUCAGCUUCCAGAAUGGCCAAGUGAACAUAGUAGAGCUUUUUCCUCUCUGUGAGCUACACGACUGGAUCUGGGACUUGCAAUGGCUGGAUAGCAAAGCUGAGACACCCAACUGCGUGGCUUUGGCCCUAGGCCACAACUCGGUGGCCCUGUAUGACUGUGUGGGCCAGAGGGUCUUCCAAGAAGUGCACUGCCAAGAGAAAUGCAUCCUGUACUCAGCCCACUUGGUGGGGAGCAACUGGGAUGCAUUGAUUCUGGUGGCAGGGACAGUGUUCAACCAGCUGGUGAUCUGGGGCAUGGCUGACCCACCUGAGGGCUCCGGGAGGAUAAAGCCCCGCUGCCGGAUCAGUGGGCACAAAGGCGUCAUCUUCAGCAUUUGUUUCAUGGAGAGCAAGGGGAUCUUGGCUUCUGCCUCAGAUGAUAGAAGCCUGCGGCUGUGGGCCAUAGGCAACAUCAGAGCACCCCCAGAACACAUCCCGUGCUUGUUGGUCUGUUAUGGUCACCAGGCGAGGGUCUGGUCCGUCAGACUGCUGAGUGACUGCAUCAUCAGCAUUGGGGAGGACUCUGUGUGUCUCGUGUGGGAUUACAAAGGUGAGAUUGUCCAGAGCUUCAAGGGACACAAGGGCCGCGGACUUUGGGCCGUAGCUGUGCAUGAGGGGCGACGUUGGGUGUUCACUGGCGGGACUGAUUCGGGUAUUAGGCGCUGGAGCAUUAAGAGUCAGAGGGCUGGCGGGAGCUCCCUCUCACAGCUGAACUUCACCUCACCUAAGAGAAAAGGCUCACCCAGAGUGGUAAAGCUCAUUAAUGUCAACCGUCUCCUGAUCCUAACUGAUGCUGGGGUUCUCUAUCUCUAUGACUUGAUCUCAAAAGUAUGGGUGUCCGUCCUGGAAGAUGCUGCCUAUCGGUCCUACGGUCUCCUGGAAGUGUCUGAGAUUGUCGGUGGUGCUGUUGUGUGCGCCAUGGGCAAUCUGUCGGGACAGGUCAAAAUCUUCCCUCUCCACAGCCCCACACAAAGCAAGGAUCUCCAGCUGUAUGAGGGGAAAGUACACAGUCUGAGCUGGGCCCCUUUUCCGGGACAGCACCCCGACACUUGCAGCCUCUGUGUUUCCGGCCCUGCUGGUGCUAUGCUGUGGCUGGAGGUUUCUUGCCACCCACAUGAUGAAGUGACUGUGGUGGUGAAGCAGUGCUUCCUUUUGCCGCUCUGCAAACAGCGAUGGCACACCUGUGCUACGUUCCUGCCCCAUGGGGAGCUCCUUCUUUGUGGAGACCGCAGGGGCUCUGUCAUGGUGUUUGCAUGCAGGCCAGCUCUUACACCAGAGGAGAUGUCGGGGAGCGGAGAACUGGACUCCUCUGGGUCAGGUAUGAUUUGUGAGACACCUGGACUACUCUUUCCUCUCAGAGGGGAUGAACUCUGUGCUGAUGGGCCAGUCUCAUUACUCUUUGGCCUCCAUGGGAAGCUUGGCGUGACUUCUGUCACUUGCCACGGGGAUUUUGUUUACAGCAUGGGCCGGGAUGGCUGCUACCGCCAGCUCCAAGUGCAAGGCCAUCAGCUCCAGGUGCUCAGGAAGCAAAAGCCCUGCAGAAGCCUGGAGUGGUUAGAAGAGCUACGCUUUGCUCCAGAUGGGAGCAUGAGAGUCCUGGGCUUCCAUGCUGCCCAUUUUGUGCUCUGGAGCGUCAGCACCAAUGAAACGCUGCUCUCCAUCCCUUGUGGGGGUGGCCAUCGCUCCUGGAGUUACAGCCACUGCCUCUCUGCAGAGACCUUUGCGUAUAUCAAGUCAGGGGAUGUACUUGUGUACCACAGCGAGGCUAUCCCUAGUGAGCAAUGCGUCCUCACAGAGUCAUUGCAUGGCCGGGAACUGACCUGUGUGUGCCACGUUGCGACUUUGAGAUCACCGCAGCAGGAGCCAGUGAGUAUCCUUGCCACAGGAAGCGAGGACAACACUGUGAAUAUUCUAGCCUUUGGGUGGCAGUCCCGUUUGAUGGUCCAGCUCACAAUGAUCAGUGACCAUAUCUCAAGUGUGAGGGCUCUGGCUGUGGCCAAGAGCAAGGCCUCGCAUCCAGAGAGCACCUCCGCUGUACUUUUCUCAGCCGGAGGACGGGCCCAGAUCGAGUGCUACCGGCUCCAGCUCAGCCUAAGUUGUGGUUCUUGCAGUGGCGUGUCCUGUCAGCUGGUCCAUGUGGCAUCCCAUCGUCUAGAUGAGCAAUGGGACCGCAUGAAGAACAAGCACAAGUACAUCAAAAUGGACCCAGAAACUAGGUACAUGUCUACUGUGGUGCUGAAUAAUGCUGAGGAUGUUGAACAGCCUGGCUCCUUACUCUUCCUUGCAGCUGCUUGCAGCGAUGGAUCAGUACGGCUUUUCCUGCUGCUGGAGCAUGCUCAGAAGUUGUGGCUUGUGGCAGAGUCCUUCCACCAUCAGCGCUGUGUCCUGAAGGUUCAGGCAUUUGUGCACAAGGCUCCGGGUGGAAAAAGGCGACACUUCUUGGGCAGUGCAGCCACCGAUGGGAGUAUUGCAUUUUGGGACAUCACUGAUACCCUUGACUGUGCUACUGAGAUCAUAAGGACUGAAGGCAGAGAGGUUGAGCUCUUGGCCCUGGGAACUCCAGUCUUGACGCUUCAGGCUCACAGCUGCGGGGUGAAUAGCUUCCAUGUCCAGGACGUGGCAGAUGGGAUUUUCUCUGUUGCCAGUGGCAGCGAUGAUGGUUCCAUCUCUAUCAGCGUUGUUGAGGUGAAUGACAGAAGUGCUGUCAGCGGGGAAUCUGCUGCUGGGACCGGCAUCUGCAUCCUCAGGACGUUCUCACGGCUUGGGGCCCACGCAGCUCAUGUGACGGGUCUGCGACUCCUGCCUCGAGACUUCCUCCUUUCGGCUUCUGUGGACCAGCGCCUGACCCUCUGGCGCAUUUGCAAAGGUGGACUGUCUUUUGUACUCAGCAAGUUCUGCCACGUGGCUGACGUGGCCGCUUUGGAGACCUGGGAAGUCGAUUCCAACUGUGGGAGUGUGAUAUGUGGCCAGGGUCUGGAGGUGCUCUCUUGCAGCCUGGAGGAGCAAGGCACAGAAAUAAAUGAUGUUGUUUGAGGGAA